GACCCGUUCCUGUGCACGCACACCACACCACCUCCUCAUUACCUCCCCCUGUGUUCUCUAAUGUGCCCUGCUAUGCCACCCCUGUUUCAACUAAGGUGAUUUUCCUCUUUCCCUUAUCAUAUGCAAGUACCUCUGGUCUGUUAUUACUUACCUAACAGCUUUUAGUCUAGCGUUCACUCCCAACUACUCUUGUUUUCUUGCACGUGUGUGGUUUUUGGUUUUGUUUUUGCAGAGAUUGGCCCUAUCCAAUUCUUGAAUCCAAUUCAUUCAUUCAUAUCCAAUUCAUUCUUUCUUUAUUUAUUUAUUUACCCAACAUGACCUUUGACUAAUCCAAUUCAUUCUUGAAUGAAUAUCUUCCAUUCAAAUGCAAGAAUUAUACGUGGGUGCAGGCAAUCCAUUUUACUUAUGCCUUCUCUGAGCAUUUCUACAUUAUGAGACAUUGUGUUUUAUUAUAAAUUAUCCUUCUGUCGCUUUUUAUCAUGGCUAGCUUUAUUUGACUUGUUAAAAUGACGUGUGUAGGUUAGUCAUAGCAUCUAUGGACUUCAUUUCUGGGUAGAGGAGACAUUACAAAGGAGACACCGCCCUGCAGUGGGAAAGGGGGUGCUGGGGGGCGACUGCCCCUCCUUCCCCCACAGAGGAGGACAGGAUGUAGACACCCAUGUCUACACAGCCGGUGCUGAGACUAGAACCAGGCCUCCUGCGUUGUCCAGCCCUACUCUAAGCCCAAAUUCAAGGCUUUGUCUUCCACAGCUCAACCUCACAGUCCAAUGCUGGACACCGCUGGGGGAAAGGAGGCCGGAGCCUUUGUGUCCAACUCCCUCGUGGCACUUUUGCCCUGGAUUUAACCAAAUGCAGCUCAGCCAUGAGGUCAGCAACGGGUUUGACUCAGUUGCUCAUCGCCCCCUACCGUCCAGCAUGUGUAAUAACAAGGAAAAUUUGGCGCUCAAGGUGGAUUUGGUACAUUUCCAAAGAGAUGCACGGAUUCCAACUCUUCCCACACCCUCCGCCAGACCAAGCAAGGAAGCCGGGCACCCCCAGGGACCUGGGCACAUGGACCCCCACUCUUCCAUAUGCAAUCCAGGUUUUGUCGAGGACUUAGGAGCCCCUGAACUCAGCCUCGGGUCAUGGGGGUGCAUGGACAGGGCCAGGCAGGCACUGCCUCCUCUGGGGAGUGGGGCGUGUGGAGGGAGCAGCACCCUCUGGGGAGAACUGGAGGAGGGAGCCUGUGACUUUAAGGGGCCAUUUGUGUGUUGGGGGGCGGGGCUGGAGGGGAGUUAAUGAUUUACAAGAAGCUCAUUUCACAACUUACCAAGGGUCAGCUCCCUGUGGCCAUGUACAGACUCGGUCCCUGUGGCCGCUCCCCGACUGCCAGCGCUGAGCCGGAAGGCCCCCCAGGCAGGGUGCAGCAUGAUCUCCAUCACUGACUGGCAGAAGAUUGGCGUGGGCGUCACCGGUUUCGGCGUCUUCUUCAUCUUCUUCGGGACACUCCUGUACUUCGACUCGGUGCUCCUGGCCUUCGGAAACCUGCUGUUCCUGACGGGCCUGUCCUUCAUCAUCGGCCUGCGGAGGACCUUCACCUUCUUCUUCCAGCGGCACAAACUCAAGGGGACCGGUUUCUUCCUGGGGGGCGUGGUCAUCGUGCUCCUGCGCUGGCCCCUCCUGGGCAUGCUGCUGGAGACCUACGGGUUCUUCAGCCUGUUCAGGGGCUUUUUCCCUGUCGUCUUUGGCUUCCUGGGCAACGCUGCCAACAUCCCCCUCCUGAGCGCGCUGUUCCGCAGGCUUCAAGGCACCAGCUCCAUGGUCUGAACCACAGAGAUGAGCUCCUUGAACUUGGAUCAUUGGUUGAAGGGGCUGGAGGGAAAUUGGGGACCGCCCCCUCACGCCCCCGCGGGCGCUGACUCACUUCCCUGCCGUCUGGACCUCCGCAAGCCCAGAAGGAUGGAGCGGAGUGACUGGCCUCGAACCCUCAAGUAGCUCAGGAGGCUGCCAGGACCACUGGGAGGAGAGACCCGGGACCCGGGGAGACGAGACUGCGGCUGACGUCACGGCCCCACCCUCUAUUUAUGGGAGGAAAAGUGAAGAUUAAAUUCCCAAGCCGUGA